AUGGGAUCUGGUCAGUGGCACGUGGAGAAAAGGUCUACUCUAAGGAAUGAUUCGUUUGUUAAGGAGUACGGUUCAUUAGUUCCAGAGACUGGUUGUCUUUCAAUCGUCGUCCUUGGCGCCUCUGGUGAUCUUGCCAAGAAGAAGACUUUUCCUGCUCUUUUCAACCUUUUCCGCCAGCAGGGAUUUCUCAACCCAGAUGAAGUUCACAUCUUUGGGUAUGCCAGGACUAAGCUUUCUGAUGAAGAGCUUAGAGAUCGGAUCCGUGGAUACCUUGUUGAUGAGAAGAAUGCAGAGGCUUUGUCAAAGUUUCUACAGCUGAUCAAGUAUGUGAGUGGCCCUUAUGAUUCUGAGGAAGGGUUCCAGAGAUUAGACAAGGCCAUUUCGGAGCAUGAAAUCUCCAAAAAUACUUCAGAAGGAUCCUCCAGAAGGCUUUUUUACCUAGCACUUCCACCCUCCGUUUAUCCUUCUGUGUGCAAGAUGAUCAAGACAUGCUGCAUGAACAAAUCUGAUCUUGGUGGAUGGACACGAAUUGUUGUUGAGAAGCCAUUUGGAAAGGACCUGGAAUCUGCAGAGCAACUUAGUUCUCAGAUUGGAGAGUUGUUUGAUGAAUCACAGAUUUAUCGUAUUGAUCAUUAUCUUGGCAAGGAAUUGGUCCAAAACAUGUUGGUCCUCCGAUUCGCCAAUCGCUUUUUCCUGCCACUUUGGAACCGUGACAAUAUCGAGAACGUCCAGAUUGUUUUCAGGGAAGAUUUUGGAACUGAAGGGCGUGGUGGAUAUUUUGAUGAAUAUGGAAUCAUCCGUGAUAUUAUUCAAAACCAUCUGCUCCAGGUUCUUUGCCUUGUUGCCAUGGAGAAACCAAUUUCUCUUAAACCCGAGCACAUCCGGGAUGAGAAAGUGAAGGUGCUUCAAUCAGUGGUUCCAAUAACAGAUGAAGAGGUUGUUCUUGGACAAUAUGAAGGGUAUAGGGAUGAUCCUACUGUUCCUGACGACUCAAAUACUCCAACAUUUGCCACAACAAUUCUUCGCAUACACAACGAAAGAUGGGAAGGUGUUCCAUUUAUACUGAAGGCUGGAAAAGCCUUGAAUUCAAGGAAGGCAGAAAUUCGGAUUCAGUUCAAGGAUGUCCCAGGCGACAUAUUCAGAUGUAUUAAGCAAGGGAGGAACGAAUUUGUGAUACGCCUGCAACCAUCAGAGGCAAUGUACAUGAAACUAACUGUUAAGCAACCGGGUCUAGAGAUGCAAACCGUGCAAAGUGAACUAGACUUGUCUUACGGGCAACGUUAUCAAGGUGUCUCGAUCCCAGAGGCAUACGAGCGCUUAAUUCUUGACACAAUCAAAGGUGAUCAACAGCAUUUCGUUCGCAGAGACGAAUUGAAGGUUGCGUGGGAGAUCUUUACACCGUUGCUGCACAGAAUUGACAACGGAGAAGUGAAGUCAAUCCCAUACAAACCAGGAAGCCGAGGACCAAAAGAAGCUGAUCAGUUACUGGAGAAAGCUGGUUACCUUCAAACUCAUGGCUACAUCUGGAUCCCUCCUACAUUAUAAACACACAAUACAUGCAUCUAUCCACAUGUAUAUGUAUGUAUACGGUAAGUUAACAACUAUACAUCUCUUUCCCUGAAUGAUCUAUCUCUGAGUUUGGUCUUUUGUAUGUGAACCUAUGUGACUUGUAUUGUCCACUUUGAGAUUUUGUCUUGUGUUUUGCUUUGUAGUAUUAAAAGAAAACAUAAAUAAGUUGUUUUCCUAGUGGAAAUUCUAGCCCAUUAUACCGCC